AUGCAUUGUGUAGUCGGAGUUUUGAUUUGUGUAACAAAGUAUCAUUUUGGAGAUAAUUUUGAAAAUUUGCAUUGGUUGAGCUUACCGCACACUCAUAGUGGACGAGCAGACCUCGAUCGAUGUCACCUAUGCAUUCGAGAUGAUCUACCCUUUCUGUUUGAUAUUUCUCCAUUUAGAAUAUGGUUUAUCAGUUAUCCCCCUUUUUGUGCAUUGUGUUAUCUUUCAAAUCAAAAAUUCAGAUCUUACAAUUCUGAUAGCUCGAAACCUUAUUGCCAAGCUAGAAUUCUUGUUGAAAAAAGAAACCAAUUGGAAAAUAUGAGUUGUAGCAGAACAGGCGGCGGAGGAGAGAAGGGAAUCGGAGACCAGGCAACCUUUUAUGAUCUGAGAUAA